UGGAGUUUAUAAUGUUUGCCCAGGGAGGAACAAUCAAAAAUCAGAACCACGCAACCGAAACGCAUCAUUUCGGUAAGCAUCUCCGGCGGGGAGCAGGGAGAAAGAGAGAGAGAGAGAGAGGGGUGCGGUGAACUUUAAAUUUGCUAUUGUUAAUUUAUAGUAGCAAUAACUGCGAGUAGCUACCAUAGGUGGCAAUAGUACCGUCACCAGAAUAUCAUAAGUGGAGGUCUUGGCCCUUGCCUCGGAGUGCGUCUCAGCCGGAACCACCGAAGGUUGAGUUUGACGGACCAGGGGAUCGGCCUGGGCUCAGCCCACAGCAACCACGACCGGUGCCACCAGCUGACCCAAGUCGGGGAGUCCCAGGCUCAUUUAUUUGGAGAAAGCGACAGUUUUGCAGAGUCUUGGAGGUUGGGGAUAGGCUUUUCCAAUCAAUGCCUGCCUCUGCUGGAGUGAAAUCAGCGUAAUUCGUACAUCAAGUGAAAUUUUCAAGUAUUGCGUAUUUUACAGUUUUGGUGGGUAUUGGGUGGGUGAUUAAAGAAGAGCAUCUGCGAAUGCAGAAUUGGAGCUCGUGACUGGAGGUGAUAGUUUGGAGAAUACCCGGGAAAAAGAAAAGGGGAAAAAAAACGCAGCGAUUUUUUGAAUUUCCAAAUCCCCAAAUCGAUUCCUCGUGGUAAAAAACUGGGACAUACAUAAAAGCAGAGUGCAGAAGAUGGUCAGUGGCAGCAAACCAAGAUGAAGAAGAAGAGGGCGUAUUGAUAGUCAUCAGCUUCAACUCCGCAUUAUUACCGAGGGUCAUGGAAGCUCACAGAAGUCCACCGGAGGUAGUACUGGCAAUACUAGUCUUGUUGGUCUUUGUUUCUUGCUUUGCACGUGCCCAGAACAAUCCCCUCCGCAACGACACCGAACGGUCAGCGUUGUUCGACCUCCGGUCGUCGUUGGGGCUCAGGGCCAAGGACUGGCCCAGGAGGAGUGAGCCAUGCUGGAACUGGACCGGCGUGGCGUGCCAGAACGGUCGAGUCGUUGGAAUUAGCGUUUCCGGUUUGCAGCGAACCCAUGCCGGGCGUGUCAAUCCUCAGUUCGCCGUGGAUUCUCUGGCCAAUUUGUCCCUCUUAGCUACAUUUAACUCAUCAGGUUUUGAGCUUCCCGGCUCCAUUCCGGACUGGUUGGGGCAAAGCCUGAGCGCACUCCAAGUGCUCGAUCUUCGGUCUGCCUCAGUGAAAGGUCCGAUUCCUCAGUCACUAGGAAGCUUGGGCAGUCUCCAUUCCCUAUAUCUAUCUGGGAAUUCUCUCACUGGUGCAAUUCCUUCUCAAUUGGGGCAGUUAUCAGCGCUGUCCGUUCUUAAUCUUUCUCAAAAUUCCCUUACUGGGUCUAUUCCCCAGACUUUCUCCACUCUUAGCAAUCUCACCUCUCUUGACCUCUCUUCCAAUUAUCUUUCUGGAUCAGUUCCGUCUGGAUUGGCCAACCUUACUAAGCUUCAGUUCUUGAAUCUCUCCAGCAAUAUCUUGACUGCUUCUAUUCCCAACCAGCUUGGCCAGCUUUUUCAAUUGGUUGAGCUUGAUUUAAGUUUGAACAAUUUGAUGGGAACGGUGCCUGUCGAUCUUGGGGGGCUGAGAAGUUUGCAGAAAAUGUUACUUGGGAAUAAUGGUCUACAGGGUUCAUUGUCGGAUAAGUUGUUUUCGAACCUCACUCGAUUGCAGUUCUUGGUUCUGAGCGAUAAUAAAAUUGAGGGGGAUAUUCCUGGUGUACUGUGGUCAAUGCAUGAGUUGCGCUUUCUUGAUGUGUCUGGUAAUAAUUUCACGGGUGUUCUUGCAAAUCUCAGCUGGAAUGUUAAUUCCACUAACACUAUGUUCAACCUCUCGAACAAUCUAUUUUAUGGAGCCCUGCCUACUCCACUCGGAAAAUUCAGCUUAAUUGAUCUAUCUGGUAAUUAUUUCCAAGGUAAGGUUCCCAAUGACAUUGAAACCAACACUAGUCUUAACAGAAAUUGCCUUCAGUCUGUGCUGGAUCAGAGGAGUUUAGAAGAUUGUAGACUGUUUUAUGCUGAGAGAAACCUAAGUUUUGACAAUUUUGGAGCACCUAGUCCGGCUCAGCCGCCACUGCCUGGAUCUUCCACAAACAGCAGCAAAAGAUGGAUAUUUAUAUUGGUGGGUCUAUUUGGUGGACUUGGUUUCAUUGUGCUUUUGGUAUUGGUGCUGGUACUGCUCAUAAGAAGAUGUGACAAGCGUAUUGCGAGUCAAAGAGAAAUUGCAAAUGUGGGGCCUGCUCCAGAAGGCCGUAGCCCACUACCUGCUAAGGUUUCUAUUAACUUUUCGGGUGUGGGAGACUUGUUUACAUAUGAGCAGAUUCUCUGUUACACAGAUGGUUUUAGUGAAAUAAACCUGAUCAAACAUGGCCACUCCGGAGAUCUCUUCCGUGGCAUCUUGGAAAGUGGGGCCCCUGUAGUUGUCAAAAGGGUUGAUUUGCGGGCCUUGAAGAAAGAAUCAUACAUGAUGGAAUUGGAUGUGUUGAACAAGGUCUCACAUAUGAGAUUGGUCCCACUCUUGGGGCACUGCUUGGAGCAUGAUAGCGAGAAGUUACUGGUAUAUAAAUACAUGCCAAAUGGAGACUUGUCUAAUUCCUUAUACAGGGUUACGAAUUUGGAAGACGACAAUCUACAGUCUCUUGAUUGGAUUACCAGAUUGAAAAUUGCAAUAGGAGCUGCAGAAGGUCUAUCUUAUCUCCAUCAUGAGUGUUCCCCACCCCUUGUCCACAGAGAUGUUCAAGCAAGUAGUAUCCUGCUUGAUGAUAAAUUUGAAGUGCGACUUGGAAGCUUAAGUGAGGUUUGUGCUCAAGAAGGGGACUCUCACCAAAAUGUAAUCACAAAGUUGUUAAGGAAGCCACAGACCUCUGAACAAGGCUCUUCUGGCUUAUUGUCGGCAACCUGCGCUUAUGAUGUGUACUGUUUCGGGAAGGUCUUGCUUGAGCUUGUGACAGGUAAGCUUGGCAUCAGCAAGUCCGAUGAUGCCACCACAAGGGAGUGGUUGGAGCACACACUGCCAUGCAUCAGUAUAUACGAUAAGGAACUGGUGACCAAGAUUGUUGACCCUUCCCUGAUCGUGGAUGAGGAUCUAUUGGAAGAAGUAUGGGCCAUGGCAAUUGUGGCCAGGUCAUGCCUUAACCCCAAGCCUUCAAGACGUCCCCUAAUGAGAAACAUCCUCAAAGCACUGGAGAACCCUUUAAAAGUGGUCAGGGAAGAGAGCAGCAGUUCAGCAAGGCUGAGAACAACUUCAUCAAGGAGGUCUUGGAGUACUGCUUUCUUUGGGAGUUGGCGUCACAGCUCGUCUGAGGGUGCUAUUGUUCCAGGGCAAAUAAACAGAGAGGGGAUAAGUGGCUCAAAACAGUCAGGUAGAGUAGGGUCUCAGGGAAGUGGUGGAAACGAUCUGUCCUCUUCGCAUAAAAGAUCGUCGAACGAGAUUUUUCCUGAACCAGUUGAUAUGCAAGAUAUAGAGAGGCAAGACCAACACUAGCCGAAGGGUAUUUGUGUUCCUUGUUAAUGAUAAGUGAUAACUGCAGGCUCCCAUUUCAGUACCUGCUCAACACCAUUUCCACGCCCCAUGCCCCCUGUCACGGUCUGAACCCAUUCUUUUUCUUUUCCUUUCUCAUUUCAUAUUGAGUGGUUCAUAGGCAAGCGAGGCGUUCUUGGGGCCGAUGAAGUCUAGGCCUGAUGCAAAAAAGGGGUCCUGAAAGACGGAGCAGCAGUUUUUGGGCUAGAUUUGUAUUUUUAUCUGUAAUUUACACCUUCUCACAGAGUCCUGCUCGUGGGAAUGUGGAGUGUACAUUGUAAAAAGUUUCAGCUUUCUUCUUGUGCCAUUCAAGGAAUUUGUUCCCACUUCAAUUUA